UGUUAGGCUCAGGGGGAUCCCAGCUCUUCCUGCAUGAACCUGAAACCUCUACAGUAGGCGCCUCUCUCACCACCACACCACCUCACCUGUCGUCCAUCCUGCGUGUCUUUCACCCACCUGGAGGCCCCAGGCGAACCCCCUUCUCUGUUGGCGGCCGGACGUCCAGACGGAGCAAAGACGAGGGCCUGGAUUUUACCAUAUCUGAGGAGGAAGUGAAGGGGAGACUGAAAAUUGUAGUUUUUUCCCCCUGUGUUCCUAUGUCUGUGUGCAGGACUGAAAGGACACAAGAAAUCACAUUUUUGUUUGAGGUGUGAAAUAUGGAGGACCUGAGCUAAAGAUGGGGUCGGUAGUGUCAUUCUUUGGUGGGUUAUGUGGCAAAGAGGAAAAGAAAGAGGAGCAGAGGCACUUCCGAGCUAAUGACAGGCCUUUCAACCUCUCCUACCACUAUGCUGACAACGCCAUCAAGACCUCCAAGUACAACCUUUUCACCUUCCUGCCACUUAAUCUCUUCGAGCAGUUCCAGAGGCUCGCCAAUGCCUACUUCCUCUUCCUCAUGGUCCUUCAGGUUAUCCCACAAAUCUCCUCUCUGUCCUGGUUCACCACGGCCGUCCCUCUGAUUUUGGUGCUGUCUAUAACAGCAGUCAAAGAUGCCAGCGAUGACAUAAACAGACACAAAAGUGACAAGCAAGUGAAUAACCGCAUGGUGGACGUCCUCAUCGAUGGAGAACUUAAAAGUGAAAAAUGGAUGAAUGUUCAGGUUGGAGACAUAAUCAAACUGGAGAAUAAUCAGUUUGUCACAGCAGACCUUUUGUUGCUGUCCAGCAGUGAGCCUCUCAACCUGGUCUACGUAGAAACAGCUGAAUUAGAUGGUGAAACCAAUCUGAAGGUGAAACAAGCCCUGACUGUAACUGGAGACAUGGGGGACAGCAUUGAUGCACUGGCUAAAUUCAAUGGUGAGGUGCAAUGUGAACCUCCCAACAACCGUCUGGACAAAUUCAAAGGAACCCUGAGUCUGGACGGACAAACCUACUCUCUGGACAACGACAAGGUGCUGCUCAGAGGAUGUACUCUGAGGAACACUGAGUGGUGCUUCGGUCUGGUCAUCUUCGGAGGUCCUGACACCAAGCUGAUGCAGAACAGCGGGAAGACUACAUUCAAACGGACGAGCAUCGAUCACCUGAUGAACGUCCUGGUGUUGUGUAUCUUUGGUUUCCUGGCGUCCAUGUGCACCGUUCUGGCCAUCGGCAACGCGAUCUGGGAGGUCAGGGAAGGCUCAGUUUUCACAGUCUUCCUCCCUCGUGAUCCGGGGGUCGGCGCCGCUCUCUCAUCCUUCCUCUCCUUCUGGUCCUACGUCAUCAUCCUCAACACGGUGGUGCCCAUUUCUCUCUACGUCAGUGUGGAGAUCAUCCGUCUGGGCAACAGCUUCUUCAUAGACUGGGACAGAAAGAUGUAUUACCCCAAGAACGACACCCCUGCCCAGGCGAGGACCACCACACUCAACGAGGAGCUGGGCCAGAUCAAAUACAUCUUCAGCGACAAGACCGGCACCCUGACGCAGAACAUCAUGACUUUCAACAGGUGCUCCAUCAAUGGCAAAGCCUACGGGGAGGUGUUUGACUUUUCUGGUCAAAGGAUGGAAAUAACAGAGAAGACAGCGAAGGUGGACUUCUCCGAUAACAAGCUGGCUGAUCCAAACUUCAUCUUUCAUGACCACAGUUUGUUGGAGACUGUGAAUGAGGGGAACCCAAAGGCGCAGGCCUUCUUCCGCUUGCUGGCUCUGUGCCACACCGUCAUGCCUGAGGAGAAGGAGGAGGGCAAGCUGUACUAUCAGGCUCAGUCUCCUGAUGAGGGCGCUCUGGUGACAGCAGCAAGAAACUUUGGGUUUGUGUUCCGCACACGCACACCAGAGACCAUCACGGCAGUGGAGAUGGGCCGAAUGAUCACCUAUGAACUCCUGGCUGUUCUUGACUUCAAUAAUGUGCGCAAGAGAAUGUCAGUCAUAGUGCGCAGCCCCGAAGGCAAGCUGACUCUAUACUGCAAAGGAGCAGACACGAUCAUCUUUGAAAGGCUGCACCCGUCCUGUAGCAGACUGGUGGAUGUUACCACCAGUCACCUCAACGAGUAUGCAGGUGACGGCCUUCGUACUCUGGCACUGGCCUACAAGGACCUGGAUCAGAGCUACAUGGAUGAAUGGCAACGGCGGCACCACGAGGCCAGCACUGCCAUGGAGGAUAGAGAGGAGAGACUUGAUCAACUUUAUGAGGAGAUAGAGAAAGACCUACUGCUGCUGGGAGCGACAGCUGUGGAGGACAAGCUGCAGGACGGCGUACCACAGACCAUCGAGCAACUGGCUAAAGCUGACAUCAAAAUCUGGGUGUUGACCGGAGACAAACAGGAGACAGCGGAGAAUAUCGGCUAUUCCUGCAACAUGCUGAGAGAGGAGAUGAAGAAGAUUUUCAUCGUGGCGGCCAAUACAGCUGAGGGAGUCAAAGAGGAGCUACAGAAUGCAAGAAGGGAAAUGUGUCCAGAAGCUGCAGAGGAGCCAUCUGUGGUCAAAGCUCAUGCAGGUCUGUUUUGGCUUCAGAAGACAGAGACUGUGCAGGAUGAAAAGGUGGACGGAGAAUAUGCCCUAGUUAUUAACGGACACAGUCUGGCCUUUGCACUUGAGAAGAACUUGCAGCUGGAGCUGCUUAGGACAGCAUGUAUGUGUCAGACAGUGAUUUGCUGCAGGGUCACCCCUCUGCAGAAGGCCCAGGUGGUUCAGCUGGUAAAGAAAUACAAGCAGGCUGUCACUCUGGCCAUUGGGGACGGGGCCAACGAUGUCAGCAUGAUCAAGGCUGCUCAUAUCGGUGUAGGUAUCAGCGGUCAGGAGGGCAUGCAGGCUGUUCUCUCCAGCGACUACUCCUUCGCUCAGUUCCGUUACCUUCAGCGCCUCCUGCUGGUGCACGGUCGCUGGUCCUACCUACGCAUGUGCAAGUUCCUGCGAUAUUUCUUUUACAAGAACUUCACCUUCACCUUCGUGCAUUUCUGGUACGCCUUCUUCUGCGGCUUCUCUGCACAGACUGUGUAUGACGAUUGGUUCAUCACCUUGUACAACCUGGUUUACACAGCUUUGCCCGUGCUUGGCCUCAGCCUCUUUGACCAGGAUGUAAAUGACCGCUGGAGUUUCCAGUACCCUCAGCUCUACUCUCCAGGCCAGCUCAACCUGUAUUUCAGUAAGAAAGCCUUUGUGCGCUGUAUGCUACACAGCUGCUACAGCUCCCUCAUCCUCUUCUUCAUCCCGUGGGCCGCCAUGCAGGACACGGUCCGAGAUGACGGCAAAGACAUCGCAGACUAUCAGUCCUUUGCUUUGUUGGCACAGACCUGUCUGCUGGUUGUGAUGAACGUACAGCUGUGUCUGGACACACACUACUGGACCGCAGUGAACCAGUUUUUUGUGUGGGGCAGCCUGGCCGCUUACUUUGCCGUCACAAUGACCAUGUACAGCAACGGCAUGUUUCUCAUCUUCACUUCCUCUUUCCCCUUCAUCGGCACCGCAAGGAACUCUCUGAACCAGCCUAACGUGUGGCUCACCAUAUUCCUGACUUCCCUCCUCUGUAUUCUGCCUGUGGUGGCUUUCCGCUUCAUUCUCAUUCAGCUCUGGCCCACCAUCAACGACAAGGUGAGACAUAAGUUGCGGAAGGAGGCACUGCCAGCUCCUGCACCUCGCCGCACACUUCCAAGGCGUAUCAGCCAUCGCUCUGGCUAUGCCUUCUCCCACUCUCAAGGCUACGGCGAUCUGGUGACGUCUCGGAAGUUCCUGUUGAGACGACCUCUGAGGAGCCGCUCAGGCCUGUUUACACAAACAGACUCUCCUCUGGCUCACAAUCAGCCACAGCACUACCGCACCAUCGCAGAAGAACAGGAGGAGUCACAGAGCCCUCAGACAGGAGGUGUAAACCCAGCAGAGAGCGUGGGAUCAGCAUAAGUUUUUAUUCUGGAGCACAAGCUCACCACCUGGAUCGUUUCCAGGUUGAACCUUUACACUUAAAACUGAGUCUGACUUUGACUCAAGGUUUCUAAUGGAUGAAUGUUGAUAUCACUGUGAAAAACUUGGCAGCAUUUAUAACCUGAAAGGACCACACUGGUGCUUCUGCAUGUUUUAGCAAUUCCAAAUUUUUCCAAUUUUUUAGAUGAAUUAUCUUCCUUCCAGAAAGAUAUUGGUUUCAAUUAAUUUCAUUACAAUACAAUCAACUUGUAGAAAACUGCAUUAGCAGGGCAGUCAGUCAUUUAAGUUCCUUAAGUUUUGUCAGUUUCGUGUGAUAAAAUGUUUCCAGCAGGGACGUUAUUUGAAAACCUGCAUUCAAGAACGUGAUUUGAGAGCAAGAUGCUAAAAAAGCACUUUGAAAUUGCAAAACAGAGAGAUUAAAUUCAAAUUAUUUCACAACGUGUUUGAUUUUCCUACAACAUAGCUCAGAGAUUUAAUGCUUUUCCAUUCAUUUCAAAUCCACUUUGCAUAAGCAAAACACAGCCUUGUUCCUCCGAGAUAGUGCAACCUAUGAAAAGUUCUGCAAGAUAAAUUUUUGACCUUGAACAUCCUCACAGGGACAGCUUGUUUUUUAAACAAUCCGUACUCACAGCUGCCAGAAGAGACAAAAUAAAAUGUACAUUCAAGCAUGAUUUAUUAUGGCUGUGGAUGACCAAAAAGCAUACGGUAUCCAGUUUGUACCUAAUGGGCUAAAACAUGCAAAACCAGAAACUGCGAUGAGAUUAACUUUGUGUCACCAAAUGUUUAUUACUGAUCUGUAGAAAUUGUUAUAAAGUUAAAACAAAUGUAAAGCUUGCCACCAGCUGAUCUGGAGAAACUGGACGACCACACUGCCUGCAACAUGACGUUGCAUUUUGUACCGUUUUGAUUUUUUUGUGUGAAUUGUUAAUACUCAGGGUGUCAUACUGAAAAGGGAUGAACCAGUGGUUUCAGUCGUAAUUUACGAUGAACCUAUUUUCACUCUGUUGUUUACAUAAUUAUAUAAAUGAAGAUUUUUUAAAACAUUG